AUGCCGGCCUACUCUUCUUCCCUUGUCCGGCUCAGAGACACGCCUCAGGAUCAAGCCGACACCUCGGUCAAAGACAACCCCACCCCUACCAAGGACGCCUUUAGCUUUACCAAGGACAACGCCGCCUCUACGAAAUACGGAGCAAGAAGCCAGGGAAGAGAGGGCAAUGACGCCGGGCCUGUAGGCAACGAGCCGGAAAUCAAGACCCUCUACGUCGUAAAUGAAUCGGGGCACGAAUUUUGGUAUGAGCAGAGGCCCGAGGGUCUUUCUCUGGUGGACGACUGCAAGGACAUGGAGAGAUUUGCCGUCAUCCAUCGAAGACGCCUUUGCAAAGUGGCAGAUUCAGAUUCACCAGAUGUCAUCAAAAGUCACAGCAUCGUGAUCCACUCGCCGUAUCUGAAGAACUCUUUGGUACCAGUGUUUCAAGACUGUCCCGAAAUCGAUGUCGCAUCCUCGCCAUUACAGCUAAUGGCUCCGUUCAAUUUCUUCGUCCAGCGAUGGGGGGAAUUUGAAGCUGCUAGGGAUAAAGAGGCGCAGCACCCCGAGGCCAAAGCGCACAUGGAUCUCCUCUACGACAUGAUGAAGGGGGAGCUGAAGGAUCAUCUGGCAACCCGAGAACGCUGCUUGCGAAGUGGAAUGGUUGCAUACGAGGACCUGUGGACUAUUUUCCCCCCUGGUGGUUGUGUCUUGUGUCACGACAAUGAUAACGGUCUCAUCGAUGAUGACGAGCCUAGGUAUUCUCAUCGACUUACAGCGUUUCAGGUUCUAAAGGGGUCAUAUGCAGAAACCGAGGACGGCGAGAAACGUUGUUAUGUUCUUGAUUGCAUGUUUAUCGGCAUGUAUCCCCACAUGGCUUGGUACCAGACCGAGAUCGAAAUCCCCCGAUUUCCGGCGGACCAAAGUAUCUACUCGCUGCCCGUGCGUCCUCUUGAGCUGUGCAGACAUCGAAAGGAGCUUGAAGAUGGUCUGUACGAGAGGGGCCGCAAGUUUAUGAAGCUUGCAAAGGCCCGGGGCCCCAUUCCCUACCACGGAGAGUACAAUGGAACGGCCAUUGAGCCUUCCACGGGAGGCAAAGUAGAGUUCAAGGGCCGCUUCAUAAUGGAUGCGUCGGUUUGGGAGACUUGCUACCCCGAAGAACACCAGUUGCCACAGAGUGCGAAGAAAGUCUCCGAGAAAAAAGAACAUCUCAUCUUCACACUUCCCUAUCUCCCUGGCUACCUUCUAGAAACAAAUACCUCAGGCUGUACCUCGGGCUGGUUGUUCUUCUACGUCGACCUUGUCCGCCAAGCGCAGCCCGAUGCAGAGGCAUUGGAGUCGCCCACGUCUAUUCAGAGCUGUGCUUCAGUGUGGUUGUGGGGAGCUACAAUUUGGCGGGCUGAUAUAUAG